AUGGCCUUCGCCGCCUUCUCUCUCCUUCGAUCCGCCGUCGUUCUCUCUCCUUCUACGGCUGGCCUCCGCUGCCAUCCUCUCUCCUUCGUCGGUCGACCUCCGCUGCUUUUCAAUUCCACUAGCAGCUACGCCGCAGACAACGCGCUCGUCUCCGAUAGCACCAACACGGCCACGGCUGCCACCUCGUUCUCCGAGCAUCCGAAAGCCACGACGUUUGAGAGGGCGCAGCGUCUAGUGCUAAUUCGGCGUCGGGAAUAUGGAGCCGCCACUGUCAUAUGUGGAGGUCUCAGGCUGUCAUCGUUCUCUCGUAUGCGGAGGUCUCAGGCGGGUGUCUAUGCCCGACGGCCCCAGCGGUUGCGGCGGUGUAGUCGAAUAGAGGUGCAGCUCCUCCGGUGUCCGCAAAACUUCUGUUGGCCUUUAAAGGAAGCAUCACAGAAGAUCCUACAGGCGCUCUUAAUAAUUGGACCGGUGACAACCCUUGCCCUGGUUACAGUAAUGUACUCCGAUUCAUGGCCCAAUGUCGGUUGUGACGAGAAUAACCUGCGUGUAACACAAAUUAAUCUAUACAACACGAAGUUAUCAGGGACACUGGCCCCGGAGCUAGGAAACUUGACGAAUCUUCAGUCUUUGUAUGUGGUGCACGCUUAUAUUAUACAUUCGCAAGCAUUAUUCUUGAAAAUGUUUCCAUAUUUGAUUGGAUUUGGGUACAAGGAAAUUAUUUAA